AUGACUUUAUAUCAUUUUGGAAAUUGCGUAGCUUUAGUUUAUGUUCCUUAUUACCUGGCUUAUAAGCAAUCCGGUUUGUCUGAAUAUGGAGCUUUCUGGAAAUGUGUGCAAGCUGGGAUGAUUUAUAUGUUCACGCAGCUCAUUAAAAUGUUAGUUUUAGCAACUUUCUUUCCUGAUAAUGUGGGCGAAGGUACUGGCAGUUUAAUUGCGGAAUUUUUCAAAGACACAGUAGAUUUAGCCGAUCUGGUGGGACUUUAUUUUGUUCUAAAUGGAAUUCCUGGCAAAGGACAUAGCAAAGUGUUGACUGCAGGAAUUGGAUGGGCCACAGCCGAAUUAAUUUUGUCUCGAGCACUGCUUUUAUGGAUUGGUGCAAGAGGAGCUGAAUUCGAUUGGAUUUACAUCCAAAAAUGUCUGGAAUCGAAUGUUCUUCUUGUUCAACAUAUAGCUACUGCAACUUUAAUAUGGCUGUGGUCGAGGCACAAUUUAAACAAAAAUUUGAAAACAAUAAUUACACUAUUACUAAUUUUAACUUGCUAUAAACCUUUAUUGUUUGAUUCUUUAACUCAUAUUUUACAAUUAGGUGUUUGGUUAGGAUUAGUGAUAAAAGCAGCUUUUGCUUUAGUUUAUGGCUUAUUUACACUGACUAUUUAUGCCAGUGUAGCUGAUAUAAUUGGUAUUUAUUAAUAAUAAUUUAUUUUACAAACGUUAGUCAUUCUUUACAUUUUAAAUUAAGUGAAUAAACUACUUUUAUUUACUCAUGUUACCUUUAUAAUUUUUCUACAAAUUAUUUUAAAAUAUUUAAAAUAUAUAUAUUAUAUAAAUCUAUUGAUGGUAAAUGUGGUGUUGAUGGUAUUUCAUACAGAUAGUAUUUCCUUUGUAUUAAAAAUAAAAAGGUUAGUUUUCA